CAACGGGAUCUUGUGUGUGUGGGCCAUAUCUGUGCCGAUCAGGCAAAGUAUGUAGGAGCGUUUCGGCUCCGUUAUGGAAGGAAAUAAAGAAGAAAGCAAGCGUUGUAUUCAGCUGGCACAAAUAUACAUUGCACAGGGACACAAAGAAAAGGCGCUUAAGUUUCUUCGAAAGGCAGAACACCUGUACCCAUCAAAACUCGCUAAAGACCUCAUAGAGCAGCUGCAAAAGCUAAACGGCACAACAAGCUGUGAUAGCAGCACACAGGGAAACAACAACCACCACAAUUCGCGCAGUUCGUCUCCUCAGGGGCAGCCUGCUUCACCAGGGGUUCGACAUCGAGCUCGACCUGCAGGACGUGACAGUUCCGAAGAACGUCGUGCAAUAGAAUAUACCAAGGAGCAGAUCGAGGCAGUUCGAAGAACAAAGCUGUGCAAAGACUACUACGAGGUGCUCUGUGUGAGUCGUGAUGCAGACGACGAGUUGCUCAAGAAGCAGUACCGUAAGCUGGCACUACAAGUGCACCCCGACAAGAACAAGGCUCCUGGAGCUGGCGAUGCUUUUAAGGCUAUUGGAAAUGCCUAUGCCGUGCUCAGUGACCCUGAGAAGCGGAAGCUGUACGACAUGAAUGGCAAUCGACCACCUCAGCAACAUAGCUAUAGUGGUGAAAGCUAUGACUACAGCCGAGGCUUUGAAGGCGAUAUAUCUCCAGAGGAGCUUUUCAACAUGUUCUUCGGAAAUGCCUUUUCAAGCAAUGUUUAUGUACGAAGAGGUCCACGUUUUCAGCAUCAAAGGCAACAGCAUGGCCAUGCAUCAGCAGAGGCGCAUGCAGAUAGCAGUUACAGCGUGUUGCUGCAGAUGAUGCCCAUCAUAGUCUUGGUGGGAAUGUCUCUUAUGUCCAGCUUCCUGGUACAAGACCCGCCUUACAGCCUCGUCAGAACAGCGAAACAUCAGUACGAGCGUAAGACUAUCAAUUUGCAACUGUCUUACUAUGUGAAAGAGAACUUCAUGGCAGAACACAAGAGCAACAUCUACCGAAUAGAAAUGGACGUGGAAGCCGACCACAUAGCGAAUCUACGGAGCUCCUGUUUCCGGGAGAAGAACUACAAAGAGAGCCUGCUUUGGCGAGCCAAAAGCUUACGAGAUCCCAGCUUGGAGGAGCGAGCUCUGGAUUACCAGAUGCCAUCGUGUGACCGGCUGGCCCAAUUGUCACGCAUGCGUGUCUGACCCUGCUGCAGUGGGUGCACUCCAAAGCCAGGUCCUCCCUGUGUCAGCCCCCGGGAAUACACGGAAGCAGUCACCACUAUUCUAUUGCGUUGCCUUACAUCAUGUCCAGCUAUUCCUCCUAAGCACUUGUUUGUGUACAUACAGAGGUUUUCUUGUCUUGAGCUUUUCUUUAAUUGCCUCUCUAUCCCUGCUGGAUGUUUGGCAAGAGUGCAUAGAUUUAGAGGGGACUGCUUUCUGUACAGUACUAUACAUAAAUUGUGAAGUUGAUUAUGGUGAAAGUAUUGCAAGAGAGCUUUUGUGAAUAUGUUAAGUUUGGAAUUGCCUGCAUCUUUGCUGUGAUUCUCUUGCUGUCAUCUGGCUUACAGUGGUAAGGGAAAUUGGUCUCCAGUUGAGAGCCUUGUGUAAGUCUCUUGUUCAGGUGCAUACUUUGUUCGUUGUCCCAAGAGCACUGUACAGGUCUGUGUACAUUGACAACUGCAUCAAGGUUUUGUCUUGUGACCUAUGUGGUGACGGUUUUCAAGUGUGGCGCAAUUCGUGCGUUGAUGGUCGCUGAUUUUAUAUGGUACACAAAGGGCGUGCGCAUUGAGGGAUCUGUGCUAUACUUGUUAAUAAGGCAAACGGCUCUGGUCUCGAUGGCACUGUUACGGCUUGUGUUGCAGCAUUGACUGUGCAGCUGCAAUAACUUGCAAAACAUGACAGUAGUGUGUUGCUGUAUUUUGAUGUUCUCAUUGUGUACCAUUUUGGCCAUCCUUUUUUAACCCUUCUUGUGGAGAACUUUCUUAGUUAUUUGAGCAUUAAUGUAUUUGUUCUCUUAAAAAAAAUAGUGAAAAACUCUUGAGAGGCAGUGGUACACUUAAGAAGUUGUUAGAAUUUUCGAUACGUUGGUUUUAGACGUGAUGCAGCAGUUGCUCUCUCCGCACUUUCAUGCAUGCUGGGUGUCGCUGUAGAUGUACACCUCUUGCAAUGUUUUUUUUCUCCUUUUAAGCGUGUGUAGCACAAGCAAGUGCAAGAGUGUGACAUUGAAUUGAUAGACAACAUGAGGUGUUCCUGCUUCGGCUACACCUUGUGCUGACUUAACCAUAUGUAGAAAGCAGUGGUGUGCAUGUGUGGAUGUGGUGUGGGAACCGGUGAGGUUCGGGAGGCUGCAACCUUGCAUCUAAUGAUUACAAAGAGCAGGUACUGCAUUAUGAAUUAAUGAAAUUGCCUGUGUGCAAUUACCUGCAACAUCGACGUGGUACUAUCUGUAGGCUGCUGUCUCAUCCUUAUGUGCAGUUGGAUUGUUUAAUCUGCUUGUGGAUGCAAUUUUAUGCAGCCUUUUUUACUGCAUCGUGAGAAGACGUAGCUUUUUAUUGCGCAAAGAAGGUGCAUUGUUUAUAAAGUGUGCUGUUGAUGAGCUUUUGAAGAAUGUAUUGUGUGUACAUAGAGCAGUUAUUGAAAUCUAUCAUGAAAUAAGUUUACGGCUGUAAAGACUCUGGAAGAGACAUUUAUUUGCCAUUGCUUGGUUGUUUUUGUCUCGCCUUCCCCCAGGUUUGCUUAUUCAUCAUGGAGUUCGGGCAAGUGGACAGCACUGCACGCUUUCUCUUGCAUUGAGUUGGGGAUGACUCUAGAUUUUUCUUUUUUGGCAAUAGCUGUGCAGCAUAAGGCCUGUUUUUCAUAGAAAAAUGAAGGUAGAUUGAAAACAGUUUGUCAUGCAAGCACAUUUUGAUCAAUAAAUAUAUGACGGAGGUUUA